AUGGAGCAAAGAAAGCCAAGUGACAGCACUACAAUUGGGAAAGUAGCAGCUCAUGUCCCCGAUCUCAUCGUAUAUGGUGAUUUCUCCCAGGAGGUGCCUUUCAUUGAGAGUUUUGAUGGAGUAUUGCUUUUUGCAGACAUUUCAGGUUUUACUGCACUGACGGAGAAGUUUAGCAUGGACACCAGUCUGGACCGUGGCGUUGAACAGCUAACGCAGGCCCUCAAUCAUUACGUAGGGGAUAUUGUGGAAGAGGUGCUGAUUUAUGGAGGCGAUAUCUUGAACUUUGCAGGGGAUGCACUGCUAGCACUGUGGAAAGUGCAACGAAGCCAGCUGAGCGAUAUCAUUACACUGGCGCUGAAAUGUAGCCUGAGGAUCCAGAAAGAGUAUGGGGUUCGUGAAACUGAAGUGGGUCUGAAGCUCCGAGUGAAGAUAGGGCUAUCUGCAGGUCACAUCUCCAAAGUUGUUGUUGGAGACAAUAAGCACCAAUAUUUUCUGGUAAUUGGCCGAGCAGUGGAUGAAGUUCGGUUGGCCCAAAACCUAGCAAAAGCAAGCGAGGUUAUUCUAUCGCCGAACUGCUGGGAACUCUGUAACAGGAACAUGAUAGAAAUAGAAAGAAUUAAAGAUCAAAGAGCUAUGAAGGCUAAAUACAUAAAGAACAUCUCUGAGAUUGAGUUCGACAAGUUCUUCUGGAAAUGUACUGAAUACCUACAGCACUACCCCACGGGUGAAAGUAACAGUAUCCUCAGAGCAACCUCCACAUUGUCUCCUAAUGAUGAGCUGGAGAAGUCCCUCAGGAAGUAUGUGAUGAGAAACAUUCUGAAGAAGAUUGACGACAACCAACCUCUAGAAUAUUUAUCUGAGCUUCGGCCGGUCACAAUUGUCUUUGUGAACCUGCAGUUUGACGAAAGCGCCAAUACCUUGCAUCUGUGCAAGGCCAUCCACGAUGCCAAUGUGAAGAUCUCAAACAUCAUCCACGUCUUCAGUGGCAAAAUCAACAAAGUCUUUAUGUUUGACAAAGGCUGCACAUUCCUGUGUGUGUUCGGGCUCCCUGGGGAUAAGAAGGCUGACGAGAGCACCCACGCCUUGGACAGCGCAUUUAAAAUCUUCAACUUCUGUUCUGAGAUGCUCAUGAAAAUAAAGCUAGUUUCCAUCGGGGUUACCAGUGGGCCAGUGUUCUGCGGAGUAGUUGGCCAUCGUGUAAGGCACGAAUACACAGUCAUUGGCCAGAAGGUGAAUCUCGCUGCCCGGAUGAUGAUGUAUUAUCCGGGGUUAGUGUCCUGUGAUGCAGUGACCUACGCCAACUCCAGGCUGCCUCAUUACUUCUUUGAAGAGCUCCCCCAGACUGAGAUGAAAGGAGUUGUGAAUCCCGGCAUGGUCUAUCAUUAUCUUGGCAUCAUUGACAUAACAAAGAUUGGCACAGCGUAUCUCACCAAGGAGAGGUCUGAGUAUUACCACUUACUGGGUCGGGAAAAAGAGCUUGAAAUCUAUGACACUUUAUUGAAAGGAUUUGUGGGGUCUACAGAAGGCCGCGUCAUAAUGUAUGAAGGCCUUAUGGGCUCUGGAAAGAGCCAGUUACUUGCUGAAAUUGCCUACUUAGGCCAGGAGGCUGGCCACAAGGUUGUUGCUAUGGAGCUGACGAAGGUAAAUGUGCAGCAGAAUUUUUUUGCCAUCCAGACACUCAUGGCCGUGUUUCUGGGGAUUGAUGCCUGUAAAUCUUACGUUGCAAGAGAGCGCAUCCUCCAAGGCAAACUCCAAGGUGUGGUAGAAGAGUCCUACUAUUGCCUCCUGAAUAACAUCUUUCGUGUUCAGGUAGUGGAGAAAGACAUUCUCAUUUUUGUCAUUGACGAAGCCCACUUCAUUGAUCCUGCAUCAUGGGAAUUUCUGGACAACUUGCUCUCCAACAUCCCAGUGUUUAUGGUCAUGUCUCUAUCUCCUCCCAGCCGCCAAGCAUGGCUGCCUUGUGUCUCUGCUGCAAACAUCAUUAAGAGCACAAAGACCACCUAUGUUCAGCUGCGGGAGCUAAAGCCCUCUGUGAUCCUGCAAAAAGCCUGCCAGGACCUUGGGGUGGUCAGCAUCCCCCGGGAGCUAGAAACGUUCUUGAUACAGAGAAGCCAUGGAAUUCCAUUUUACUGCGAGGAGUUGCUGCGGAACCUCCAUUUAAAGAACAUGCUCAUGUUCCAUCUGUGGGAGGAGGAGGAAGAAGUAGAUUAUGAGUGGGAGGGCCUUUUCACCAAUGCCAUCAAGGUCAUCCCCUACAAAACGGAAUCGCUUUCCAGCUCAGACAAUGAAUUGUACAUUUGCACCAUUCGCCAGAAUGUUAAGUUGCAAAAUAUUAUGCUGCCCCCUACCUUAAAAGGCAUUGCACUGGCUGUGUUAGACAACAUGAGCCCUUCGGAACAGAUGGUAGUGAAGUGUGCGGCUAUCAUCGGGCUGACUUUCACGACUGAUCUGCUGCUCCACAUCCUUCCCGAAUGGACCAAGAGGAAGAUGAAUGAGACGCUUGCAGCCCUGGUGGAUUCCCACAUCUUCAAGUGUUUUAAUAAAAGAAAGGACUCCCAGAAUGUACAAUCACAGGAUAUGCCCUCCACAGAGUUACUUGUUUGCCCCAGGACGGUGAGACCAAUUGGACAAGAGUCAGGUAUCUGCUCUUCUGUUUAUAACCUAAUCAAGCAAGAGCAGCUGGUGAUACAAUGCGGCGUCAUGGCGUUUUGCAUGCCACUGCUGCAGGAAGCGGCCUACGAGAUCUGGCUGAAGAGCCAGAAGGAAGCCUUACAUCUCAAAUGUGUGAGCUAUCUAGAAGGGCAGGCUCACAAAUGCAGAUGCUGCGGAGAAGGGGACUUCAUUUCAUUUCACCGCCACACCGUGGAAAUGAUGCUGGAGAGCCUCGAGUCUCAGGAAAACAUUUCUGAGCAGCACAAGGAAUACCCAUUCAGCGAAGCAGCCUCACUGAUCAUUUACACAACCCUGAAAAGGCUUCAGGGUCCCUCAUUUGAAGACAUCACUACUUCUACUUUCUCCAAGAAGUUGGAGUUAUUACUUCCACAAGACAUUGAGAAAGAGACUGUAAAGGCACUAACGAAACACAAGAUGUUGCCAGAGGAAAAUCUUAAAGCUGAAGAGAUAGAGAAGGAGUUUCUGGAAAGGCUGGACGAGAUCAUUCAGCAGUCUGACAGGGGUCAGGAGAAGAUCAGGCGCUUGGGAUCCUGCGAAUGUGAAGAGAUCGUGGAGUCUGUCUUUGUGCCCCUGGCCUGGCACUGCAUGGCGAUGGGAGAAUACGCCAGAGCCUUGUAUUACUUGUUGGAGUGUGCAGCGGCUUACUUACAUCUGUCAAACAACUACAUGGCCUUUGGCAAUUUGAAUACAGCAGAGAAUCUGAUCAAAUCGGUGGACUUCAGAGCAACUGUAAUUAACCAGUUUGAGGAAGCUACCUUCUACAGCCUGAAGGGUGAGGUCUGUUAUAACAUGGGCCAAAUGAAUUUGGCAAAGAAAUUUAUCAGGAAGGCUUUGAUUUUAUUAAACAGAAGAUUCCCAUUUACCUUGAUUGAAGUCUUUUUUAAGACUCUGAUGGAAGUGUCAAAGCACACGUCUCACCAGAAGAAGCAGCAAUUCUUAUAUAGUCACAGUAAAAGGGAGAAGAAAUUAGCUUUCCUGUACCAGCAGGGCCACUGCCUUUCCUUAUUGUGGCAACUUUUAAGCCUGGACACUGCUACAAACAGCAAGAAGUUCUGUCGCUUGGCAGCACUCAUGAAGGUGAACUCAGCAGAGGAAUCGGGUGAUGAGAGCCAGAUCAUUUCAUCCUAUAUGGAAUUCUCACUUUGCUGCCAGAUGAUGGGUUACCAAGAUGAAUGGAUGAAAUAUGAGCUGAUGGCCAUCCAGCGUAGCUCUCACCUCCAGGUUAUCGGAGGAGGGCUAUUAACAACAGUUAAAUUAGCACAGUCAUUGGCCUAUAUGAAGCUCUGCUUGGGUAACCUGCCCCUAUCUAUUCAGUUAGGCUAUCGAGCCCAUGAAAUGUGUGUGCGUCUGAAGAAACCGAAGCUGGACUAUCUGGUUCUCUGCAUGCUCUUCAAAGCUCUCUUUCUGAGCAUCAGGUACCAAGAUUGUGUGCGAGUACUGAGCUGGCUGGAGGAGUUGGUUGUUGAGGAGGAGAGAAUCAUUGGGAUGGCUUGUUUCUUUUCUUACUGUUUAGAACUCUUGCUUUAUGCUGGAUUUUCAUUUAAGUCAUUUAAAGAGUGCCUGGAAUUCAUACAACGCAAUGAAACAAACUGCAUCCUUAUGUCUCAGAACAGCAUCAUGUUGGGGCUGUAUUCAUCCCUGGCCAUUUGGUUUGCCAGACUUCACCAGUGGGGCAACUUCAAGGAGCCUUUUGAAAAGGCCAGAAGGUUGCUGAGGAGAACUAGCGCCUCAUUCUUUGCUACCAGUGGAUUUUGUAGAUUCUUGGAGUGUGAGAUCCUUAUGCUACGGAAACACAUUGAGGAAAAGCCUAAAUUGGUCCGGGAGACUCGUACUAAGACGCUAAAGGACUUGGACCAGGUUCUCUCUCGAUGCUCCACAAGCCCUAUCUAUUACCCUAGGGUUUACCACCUGAAAGCCUAUAUCCUCCUGAUGUUGGGCAAUGAAGAACAGAGCCAAAUCUACCUAUCCCAAGCAUUCCAACUCUGUGACAUAUAUGGAAACCUCCUGGAGAAAUCCUGGCUGGAGAUCAGCGAUGAGUGGUGGUUCACUGCAAAAGGCCCCAUGGAAGACUUAUGGCUGAAGGCCGCACCAGAUUUUCCCAAGUGGGAAAAAGGAAUGACAGAGAGAGACUUUCCAGAGAUCCAUAAAACCAAGUACUUGCUGCGGGUGCCAGCAUUGGAUAUUAACAAUCCUUUCCCAGAACCUGAGAUCCCCGAUGUCUGA